AUCAUCAUCAUUUUCCCUAUUUCUUCUUCAACCCACUUAUCAUCAUCAUCAUCAUAAUCAAACUCUCUUCAUAUAUACUAAUACCCACCACCAGCUUCCUCCUCCAAACACUGUUCUUGAUCAUCAUCAUCAUCAUCAUCAACAUCAUGAUCAUCAUCAUCGCUAAUAAGCUAAUUCAUCUUCAACCCUUUAUCAUUUUACUCUUCAUCAUCAACCUACAUUCAAUCGAUUCUGUAACCGCACACAAAUCCCAUAAACACAACACAAAUUUACCUUGCCAAGACUCCACCUUUCCAUCUCCUUUAGGCUACCGUUGCAAUGCCAAUCUCGACCAUGCCCAAUGCUCCACUUUUGCCCUGCUUCGCGCCAAUUCCUACUUCCCAUCUCUAUCCAAACUCGCCGCUUCUUUCGGAAUCGAUCGUUUCUCUCUUCAACAAGCAAACGGAUUCUCUCCAAACACAGACUUUCUCCCAUUGGGGCACCCACUUCUCAUUCCAAUCAAUUGUUUCUGUAAUAAUAAGGAUUCUCUCUAUGAUGCUUAUUUGAAUAAGCUGGCGGCUAAAGGUGAUUCCUUUUACAGUAUCUAUAAUUCUCUUCAGGGUUUAACCACUUGUAAUGCGAUUAAAGAUAAGAACCCUAAUGUAAUUGAUGUCAAAGAGAAACAACAGCUCUUGAUUCCACUCAGAUGCGCCUGUCCUUCUUCUUCUUUUUAUAAUGUAAGCAGCAGUCUUUUGCUAACUUACUCUGUUAACGAUGGUGACACUGUUUCCAAAUUGGCUUCUCAGUUUAAUGUUACUAAAGAGUCUAUCCUUUCUGCAAAUCUCAAUUCAUUCUCAUCGGAAUUAUCAAACCCGGAUAACGUUUUACCGGUUUUCCGUACCCUGCUCAUCCCUUUAACCCAGAAACCGGAUGUUGAUUCAUUGCCCUACAAUCCUCUACAAACUCCAAAGAAGAAGAAGAAGAAACGGAAAAUGUUUGGAAUGUACAUUGGCCUGAUUGUAAGUGUAUUGGCGGCUGGGAUAGCGAUUGCGGUCGUUUUUAGGGCGAUUAAGCGGAAAAGGAAGAUUGAUCAUCGGCCGCGGAGUUCAAACAAGAUGACUGAUGUUGAGGUUCAACAGUUGAGUCUCAGUAUAAGGACCACUGUCAGCGAUAAGAAGAUCUCGUUCGAUCUGAGAUCGCAAGAUACAAUCGACGGUCAUAUAAUCGACGCUGCUAACCCACAUAAGUCUUCGAUACUGGAAAUCUACACCGGAGAGGAAAUCAAGAAGGCGACUGAUGAAUUCGAUUCGUCUAAUCUAAUUGAAGGGUCGGUUUACCAGGGACGGCUCAAUGGGAAAAACGUAGCUAUAAAAAAGACUAAUCCUGAAACAAUCUCGAAAAUUGAUUUUGGGUUUUUCCAGGAUUCGACCCAUCACCAUCCCAACAUAAUCAGAUUGAUUGGAACUGGAACGGGUAAUUCAACAGCAGCAGAUGGAUCCGAUUCGUUUCUCGUGUUUGAAUACGCGGAGAACGGAUCUCUGAAAGAUUGGCUUCAUGGAGGAUUGGCAAUGAAGAGUCAAUUCAUCGCUUCCUGUUAUUGCUUUCUAAACUGGAAUCAACGGCUAAAGAUUUGCCUAGACGUAGCGAUUGCAUUACAGUACAUGCACAAAAUCAAGAACCCUAGCUAUAUCCACAGAAACAUCAAGAGCAGAAACAUAUUCCUAGACGAUGAAUUCAACGCUAAGGUGGGUAAUUUCGCAAUGGGGAAAUGUAUUGAAGAUGAAAUACACUCUUGUUUAAACAGAGCAUACUUAGCGCCUGAAUACCUAAAACAGAGAAUAGUGUCACCGAGCAUGGACAUAUUCGCGUACGGCGUUGUUUUAAUGGAGAUUCUGUCCGGUCGACCUCCGGUAACAAAAUGUGAGGAGAAAGGGGAGGUGGGUUCGAGGAUGUCGGAGAAAAUAAAGGUUUUUUUGAAAAGGGAGAACGCGGUGGAGUUGUUGAAGGAUUGGAUGGAUAAUGCGUUAGGAGAUGAGUAUUCGAUUGAGGCGGCCGUGGCGGUUGUGAAUCUGGCGGUGGCCUGCGUUGAAGAAGAGGCUAGGGCGAGACCUAGUGCCGGGGAGAUUGUGGAGAAGUUGUCGAGAUUGGCCGGAGUGGCGGCGGGUUCGCCGGAGGGUGAGUCUGCUACGUGUGAGAGUUCUUCUAAACCUCUUGUGAAGGCGGCGGUGACGACAAAGAAGGCAAGUUAAAAAAUUAAUUCAGAAUUUGCGUUAUUAUUAAUAUUAUUAUUAUAAUUAUAUGUAAUUUUUAAUUUACAAAAGCUAAGCUAGCAUACUACCUACCUACCUAGUAGGUUAGUUAUAUCUGUUAGGCUUUAGUGUUUGUUUUAAGAAUUAGAAAGUGGAGGAAUUAUGAAGUUUCUAGAAGGUCAAUUGUUUGUUUUUUCAAAACCCACGUUUCUUAAAUCAUAAUCUCUUCACUUGGU